AAAUCAUAUAUAUAACUAAUUUCUGAUCGCCACGAAAUAAUUAAGAAUUCAAAAUUCUUUGCAAUGUCGACGUGAUGGAUCUCAACAACGGAACGAACACGACCCAAGAACUGUUCUGCUACGGAACACAAGCAAGCAUCUUAGUUGUCAACCCAAAGAUUUUGAUGGCAUUGAUGGUUGUUAACACCUUUAUCUCCAUAACGGCUACGAUUGGAAAUUUGUUGGUUCUCGUGACAAUAUGGCGAAGUCCAAAUUUGCACUCUCCUUCGAACACAUUGCUGUUCGGCCUGGCUUUGUCUGAUCUGUGUGUUGGGAUAGUAUCUGAGCCACUGCACGUUGGAUUUCAAGCUGUACUUUUCAAUGAUUCUAGCAAAAUUACCUCCUGUACACUUACGAAAGUACGGAAUUUAAUAUCUGUCUUUCUAACAGUAGUCACCCUGUUAACUGUAACAGCAAUGAGCGUUGAUCGCUAUCUAGCGAUAUAUCUGCACCUGAGAUAUGAACAAGUGGUCACAGAAAAGACAACGAGGAAAGUCCUUUUAUGCCUUUGGUUGAUAAGCAGCCUGCCCUUAGUCAUGAUGGCUUUUGAUACUAUGGCUAUGACUAGUUAUUUAGUUAUGGCACUUAUAAUAGCAGUUUGCCUUGCAAUUAUUUCGUUUUCUUGGAUCAAGAUUUACCAAGUUGUUCGACAUCACCAAGCUCAGAUUCAAGAUCAGAUGGCUGUUGCUUCGCAAUCAUUUAACAUGGCGAGAUUCAGAAAUUCUGCCGUAAACACUAUGCUCGUGUUAGUAGUCGUUCUUGUGUGCUAUACUCCAUUUCUUGUUUCUAAAAUUUUUCUCACUGUCGACUUAAAUCCUUCAAGUGUUCUAUUUGUCGAGAUUACCUAUGUAUUUGUGCUCUUAAAUUCUUCGCUAAACCCAUUCGUGUAUUUUUGGCGUCAGCGUGAUCUUCGUGCACAAGCUAAGCAACUUGCGAUGACGUUUCGCUGUCAAACACAGUAACAAUGAGAGCCCUGCCAAAAAGAGGAUAUUGUCCUAUUCAAAAUAAAUGGUUGAAACAGUAAAGAAAUUGGUGAUUGAGGUGACUAAAAAAACGUCUGAUGGGAUGAGAUUCUUUUCACAUAGAAAUGAUGGAGUGUACAGUCCACAAAACAAUAUGGAUCUUGCGCACACUCAGAUUGGUUCUGAAAGAGCUUUGUUUAUCCCUGGUCGAACAACCAAACUCACACCCCCACUGUGGUACAAGAGGGAGGCGUAGGUGGACUUCACUUAGAUUUUCGUCGUUAUUAGAAAUGUACAUUUUUUUCAAUAAAUAAUUGUGUGGUUUUCUGAUACCAUGAUUUUAGCAUCAACUGAUAAAGAGAGGUUAUAAUGGCCAAUCAAAAUUUAAGUCUUACAAAGAGCUGGAAACUGUUUUGAGCUACCUUAGGUGAUUCCUUAGAAUUGCACUGCGCAUUCCAACUGCGCACGAUUUUCACGUCAUUAGCGUGCGCGCACGAGCGCGUGCACAGACACAACAUGUACAAAAUGGUGGCUUUCUCUAAACGGCUUGGCUUGCGAGGAACAAAUUAUCGUUUUUUUCCUGGGAAACGAGUACCGGGACCUAACGAUUUUUUUUGUUUAUUUAGUCUGAAUGCAGAGGUCACCUUCUUUCUAUACAGUGAAAAUCAACCAAUUUCUAUCGCAGAGUGAAAAGUUGUCAAGGAAAAUGAGAGCAUAGUUCAAAUAUAAAAGUUUCUGAAGGCAGAUAAUUUCAGGAAUUAUAGGGUUUGUUGAAGGUCCUGCUGCUCCUAAACGAAUACGGGGAUACCCAUUUUUUAUUUCAAAUUUUAAAUUCUUUUGAUAUAGGCAGCCAACAGUAAAGUUUGAAAGGAAAUCUAUUUUGAGUUCUAUAUCGAUGGAAUUACCUUAAAAAAAAUCUCUCCGUAAACUUUGAAAUCCCGCGAGAGGAGAGAAAAUUCUAAUGUUCAUUUAUUUCAUUACAAAAAAUUCUUUGGGGAUUUUUUUAAGUCAAAAGUAUUGUUUUAGCCUGGGG